CUCAACUCAUAUUCAAGUUGUUUUUAUUAAAAGCGGAAUCACGAGGGUGUUUUGGGAAAACAGAAAAAUGCCAAAGAGGCUGUGCGAACGAGAAGAAGGGGCUGAACGCCUGAAGCUUACAUUUUUUUAUGAUUAGGUCGAAAAAUUUAUCGAAAUCAGAACUCUUGUUGACGACGAUUCACAGAAUCCAUUUGUUUGCAGAGUAAUCAGGCUAUUUGUCAACUACUUGGAGAGAGUGAGAGGUAUUAAAAGAUCAUCAAAUACUGAGAUGAGGGGUCGAGUAAGAUGGGAUGAGGCUAAUCUGGGGGAAAUUGAAGCCAAUAAACCUGUGAGGCAAAAAAUAACUGAACCGAAGACUCCAUACCACCCCAUUAUUGAGGAUGAUGGAUCACUAUCUCCUAUAAGAGGGAGUUUUGAGGACGGCAUCGGUGAUGCCAUGCAUGCAGAAGCAAUACGUUCUGCGCUGAAUGAUGUUGCUUCCUCCAGUAGAAAUAACUCGCAGCAUUCUGGCUGGACAUCAUCUGAAGACGAGGCAGAUGCUAUGGAUCAAGAUGAUGAAGAUUUUGAUAGUGAGAAGAGCAGGAACUUCAGGGAGCAUAGGCGAGUUCACUAUGAUGAAUUUCAGAAAGUGAAAGAACUCCGGCGAAAGGGCUCCUUACUUGAAGAUGCAUCUGACGAGGAUGGGGAUGGUCGGAAAAAUGAUAGGGGUGGUGAUUCAUCAUCAUCUUUAACCGCUGGUGUAAGAGAGAUAGACAUUGACGAAGGCAGUGCAGAUGUCCCACAACAAGCUUCAGCCUCAGGUGACGGAGUUAGAGGUGCUUAAAACAAUUCAUUGGAUGAUGAUUUCUUUAUCAGCUUUUUUCAUUGUUGUUCUGAUACAAUAUGACACUUCCCCCCUCCCCCCUUUUGCUUGUAAAUAGGCAGUACCAAAUGCCAGACUUUGUGAAGAACUUGAUAGCCAUUCGUGUUGCUAACAGAGGACUGUUUUUUUCUUAGCAAUAAGGAAAUGUCGAAGCAUGAGGUUGUUUCAUCUUCUUGCUGCCCAAUGCCCAACCAUUUGGAAUCUCCGAAUGCACUGGCUGGGAUCGAUGAAUUGUUUUAGGUGAUAAUUUGAGUCGUAUCAAUUGUCAUUUUAUCCUUAAUGAUCUAGGUUUUGAAGAAACUUUUGCUGUGUGUGUUUGAGAUAUAGUAUUCAUGUUAAGCAUACUCAAUUAACUGGAGCCGUUUUUGGCUAGAUUUAAUAUAUCC